CUCCACCAUUAGGGCUAUUCGGCCUCUUACACAAGGUGUUUCCAGACCUUACUAAUAUAGGACCGUGGUAGAAAAUAAAAAGAAGAACCAACCGGUUGGCGUUGGUAUACUGACAUUUGGCAUUACCUUACCAAUCGAAAUGUCCUUACUGCAAGGUUAAUGAUUUUUGUUUCUGUGUGCACGAACCUCGAACGUAUUGGCUUAUCAAAUAUUGUUAAAAAAACAGCAAAACAAAUACGAAUCAUGUUUUACAUCAGACAACAGCGAUACUGAAGUUAAUAAGUAAUGUUAUCUACGAUUUAUUUUCUUAUUGUUUGAAAUUAACGAAACGAUAAUUUGGGAAAAUCGCAAAAUGGCAGAUCAGAUGGACAAUCAACCCAAUCAAGUAUCCAGGAGGCCUGGAUUAAAAAGUAUGGACUUUCCUCAAGCCAGCAAUUCCACAUUUCAAUUUCGAGCAUUGCCUACCAACGACAAGCUAGGGACAGCCUCGGCGUCUAAUCGGCCAAAAAUGAGUCUACCACCGGUGGCCAAAACCAAGGAACCACCAUUAGUUAUCCGCGAUACCAAGUUGAAGACCUCCAUGUCUUCGGUCGGCAAGCUCCAAAUCAAAGGUCUCAGUUACGACUUCACCUCAGAGGACCUACAGGAUUUGGGCGAGAUCGGCAGAGGAGGAUUCGGGACGGUGAACAAAAUGAUACACCGGGCGACCGGUACCGUGGUGGCUGUCAAACGGAUCAGAUCGACCGUGGACGAAAAGGAACAGAAGCAAUUGCUGAUGGAUUUGGAUGUGAUUAUGAAAAGUAGCGAAAAUAAAUACAUUGUACAAUUUUACGGAGCUUUGUUUAAAGAGGGAGACUGUUGGAUAUGCAUGGAAUUGAUGGAUACGUGUCUAGAUAAAUUUUACAAAUUCAUAUUCGAGCGAUUGAAAGCGCGAAUACCCGAACCGAUUUUGGGUAAAAUAGCCUUAGCCACUGUAAAUGCGUUAAAUUACCUUAAGGAAGAACUGAAAAUCAUCCACAGGGAUGUAAAACCAAGCAAUAUACUUUUAGAUAAGGGCGGUAACAUUAAGCUCUGCGAUUUCGGCAUAUCCGGGCAAUUGGUCGAUUCCAUCGCCAGGACCAAGGACGCCGGAUGUCGACCCUACAUGGCCCCGGAGAGGAUCGAUCCGCAAACGGCCAGAGGUUACGACGUGAGGAGCGACGUCUGGUCGUUAGGCAUCACCCUGAUGGAGGUGGCUACCGGGCAUUUUCCUUACAAGAAAUGGUCCAGCGUGUUCGAUCAACUGCACGAGGUCGUGAACGGGGAUCCGCCGAGAUUAUCCACUAGUCAUAAUGCCAACACUUUCACAGCGGAGUUUGUGGAUUUCGUUAAUACAUGUUUGAUUAAACAGGAAAACCAGCGACCAAAGUACAAACAACUCCUGCAGGACCCGUUCAUACUGAGGGCGCAAAAAGAAGAAGUGGACGUGUCGGAUUACGUGACGAAGAUCAUGGACGAAAUGGCGAAUAACGGCAUCAGUGCAUUCACCACGAAUUUGCAAUGAUUUGACUGUGUUUUACCUAAAAUCGCCGGCGUUCUACAUCUAGAAAAAACCUCAUUGAAUUCGAACGCAUGGGGUUGCUUUAUUUUAGAUCCAGUGCCGAAUGUUUUCACUCCUUUUACAGUCUUCGAUAACUGAAUGGCUGCGGUGCCUACUCCACCUGUAAAGUAAGUACUCAUAUGAUCGAAGUUUUAUGAUAAUUGUAAUAGUGUUGUACCUGUACAUGAUAGAAUAAGUACUGAUUCGUUUUCUUUGAGGUUGCCGAUUGUUAAUACGGAAAAAUAGGCUGUUAGGUAGUUAACGAAGAUGGUUGCCCCUAAUUUGUUGUCGAUAGAUUCGGGUAACGGGAAACAAUUAGAGGGUUUUAUGUGGAUUGUUUCGCCGUACAAUCCGCCGUUGUAAUCGUAACAAAU